ACCAGUACAUUCUGAAGACAUUCUUUAGUAGAAGAAGAAGAAACCGAAGAAGAAGAAAAAGUUGUUUACUUUUUGGCUAGCGGCUGCUCAUUCAGCAGGGAGACGGGUACGAAAAUAGCUGAAUAGUGACUUUGCUUGCAUGAUGAGAUGCAGGCAGCAGCGAUGGAUCCAGCGGAGGAGCCCCCGUCCAUGCUGUGGGGUCUGGACCCGAUCUUCUCCGCCUUUGCUCGACUGUACGUCCGAGACAUCCUACAGAUGACAGAGUCCACGCAGGUGCCAGGUAUUUACUUCUACAACAUGCAUCCAAUCUACAAAGUGGAUGUACUUGGAACAGUGGUUUACAAGAGAGAAAGAGAUGACUUCUUCUGUUAUGGAGUGGAUGACAGUACUGGUGUUAUCAACUGCUUGUGCUGGAAAAAUGACCUGCUGAAAGAGAGGGAGGAUCCCAGUAAAACAGCAGGAAAGCAGAGUGACGGGGCCCAAGGAGGCUUCAACCCUGUCGCUGAGCUGAAGAAGCUGAAAGAAGCCCAGCAGAAGCGCUGCCGCCUGGAGAUCGGAGAGCUGCUUCGAGUCCGAGGAUCAGUGAAGACAUCGAGACAGCAGAGAGAAAUCAUGGCCUCCACCUACUAUAGAGUGGACGACCCGGUGAUGGCGGAGCAGAUAGCCUGGAUGAUGGAGGCUCCUCAGCUCUACAGACAGUGUUAUGAUAAACCACUGCAGCUGCAAACCAACGCGUCAAGUGACUCGGCCGUCAGUUCCCUCAGCAAGGCAAUAAAUAUCAUCAAGGAUUUCUUGAAGCAGAAGUCGGUGACCAGGUUCAGACCCUAUGAUGUCCUGGACCUCCUGCAGCCUCUGAUCUCCAGGCAGCCUCAAACAGCAGACCAGGAGCCUGUUGCAGGUUCGUCUGGAUGCCAGCAGCUCCGCCAGCUUCUGAAGGAAGCUCUGCAAGUUUUACAGGAUGAAGGCGUCGUGUACCGGAGGGUCAAGUCCCAGGAUGAAGUUUAUCUGGUGACUGCAGAGGACAAAGAUCUGCUGAUGGCUGUCAAAGACAUCAUCAGGGAGGACUCAAAAAGAGAGAAAUAUGCAGAGAAGGGCUGCCACGUCCUGCACAUCCUGUCAGCAGUCCGGCAGCGUUCCAGCCUCAACGUGAGCAAAGCGGCUCUGGAGCUCGUCCUCAGAUCGCUGGAGUGCAACAGUGAUAUCAUCAGCACCAUGGAGAACCAUUACAUUGCAGUUUAACGCAGCCACAGCGUUCCUCUGUCCUCCUACUGCUCCACAACAUUCAGUGUGUUUACGUAAAUCGUGUCCUCUGCACUCUUUAGUUGAUCUGGAGCCUUAAACUGAUUCCACAAUUGUAUCUUAAUUUGUUCCUGUAUUUAAAUGUGCUGAGGUUAAAUAUUACGUGCAUUAUUUAGAGAGAAGCUUUUGAGACUGCUGUGCUCUCCACUGUUGUAAAUAUAUGCAAAAUUUUAAAUAAACAACAAACGGACCAAAGACA